UCCCCAUACACUUCCUCGAUCCAUUGCGAUUAAAAAUGGCGACCAGACAAGCAGUUAGCAAGCUCUUUCCCAAAUCCCCCAAAGACGUCGUCUUCGUCUCCGCACUCCGCACCCCAGUCACCCGCGCCAAGAAGGGCGGCUUCAAGGACGCCUACCCCGAAGAACUCCUCUCCCACAUCCUCAAGGCAACGCUUACCCACACCUCCAUCGACCCCAAACUCAUUGACGACGUAUGUAUCGGUAACGUCCUUCCCGAACUCGGUGGUGCGAAGGGUGGGCGUAUGGCUCAGCUUCAUGCGGGGUACGAUGUCCGUACGAGUUUCCAUACGGUGAAUCGACAGUGUUCGAGUGGCUUGCAGGCAAUUACGCAAAGUGCGCAUGCGAUCAUGGUUGGGCAGAGUGAUGUUGUCGUUGCGGGUGGUGUGGAGAGCAUGACCAGAAACUAUGGUUCCAGAGCGAUCCCGGUUGAUCUGAGUCCGGAGUUGAAGAAGAGUCCGGUGAAGGAUGCGUUGGAUUGUAUUAUGCCUAUGGGGAUUACGAGUGAGAAUGUGGCGGAGAGGUAUGGCGUUACGAGGGAAGAUCAGGAUGCGUUUGCGCUCGAGUCGCAUCGGAGGGCGGAGAAGGCGCAGAAGGAGGGGAAGUUCGAUGGGGAGAUCGUACCGGUCCAGACACGCUGGAUCGAGGAAGACGGAACGGAGAUUCAGAAGAUGAUCACGAAAGAUGAUGGUGUGAGACGCGGACUCACGAUCGACAAGCUGCAGAAGUUGAAGCCGGCGUUUAAGGAGGAUGGAACGUGUACCGCGGGUAACUCCUCUCAGGUCUCGGAUGGUGCUGCGGCGUCGUUGUUGAUGAGGAGAGAAGUCGCGGAGAAGCUUGGGUACACUCCCAUCGCACGGUUCAUCGGUUCCCAGGUUGCCGGGUGUCCGCCCGAUGAGAUGGGUAUGGGACCUCUACACGCUAUUCCGCGUCUCUUGUCCCGUCAUGGACUCAGGACGACCGACGUCGAUAUCUACGAAUUGAACGAAGCUUUUGCAACGCAGGCGUUGGCGUGUAUGCGUGGCUUGAAGUUGGAGAACGCGAUUGUGAACCCGAAUGGAGGAGCGAUUGCUUUGGGACAUCCUCUUGGAGCUACGGGUGCUAGACAAGUUGCCACCCUGCUCGGAGAGAUGGGAAGGACUGAUGCUGAGGUUGGUGUUGUCAGUAUGUGUAUCGGUACUGGAAUGGGAAUGGCGUCUUUGAUUGUUAAGGAGUAGGUGUAGUUGAAGGUAGUAGGAAGAAUUCGAUAUAUUUUGGUCGGCGAACGGAC